UGCACCUCGAAGCAGGCCGUGCUGGAGCUGGUGGAACUGUGCGGCCGCUUCGUGCGACAGCUCGGGGACGCGCUGCCGGAGGAGAUUCGGGAGCCCGCGCUGCGAGACGCGCAGUGGACUUUUGAAUCUGCUGUGCAAGAGAAUGUCAGCAUUAAUGGGCAGGCAUGGCAAGAAGCUUCAGAUGAUUGUUUCAGGGAUUCUGAUAUCAAAGAACUUGAAGAUCACUUUGAUGAAAUCAUAGUAGACUUAGCCACGAAACGUAAGCAGUAUCCCAGAAAGAUCCUUGAAUGUGUCAUAAAAAUUAUAAAAGCAAAACAAGAAAUUCUGAAGGAAUACCACCCUGUUGUACGCCCAUUGGACCUAAAAUAUGACCCUGAUCCAGCCUCUCGUGUGGAAAAUUUGAGAUGCAGAGGAGAAACAGUAGCUAAGGAGAUCAGUGAAGCCAUGAAGUCCUUGCCUGCAUUAAUUGAACAAGGAGAUGGAUUUUCCCAAGUUUUGAAGAUGCAGCCUGUUAUCCAACUCCAGAGAAUCCACCAAGAAGUCUUUUCCAGUUGUUAUAGGGAGCCAGAUGUUAAACCUGAGAGCUUUAUAACACAAAUAGAAACCACACCAACAGAGACUUCUACUAGCAAAACCACUAACGUGGUACUCAAAAGAAAGCAAACUAAAGACUGCCCCCAGAGAAAAUGGUAUCCAUUGCGGCCAAAGAGAAUUUAUCUUGAUACUAAAGGCCCUUUGCUGUGUGUGCUGGAUGUCCUCACCAUUACACCACAGCUACCAAGUAAGAAGUCCAGCUGCUCACCUGGAGAAAUCAUGGAGCGAGGCCACUUCGAAAGGGAGAGGCCCUGAGAUGACAGGGAAGAGAGAGAAGCUUAGCCAUCCAAGUCCCAGCUGAACCAACCAGCAGCAAGACCAGCAGAAUAACUACCAGCCUCCUGCCAACCAGCAGCAAGACUAGCAGAAUAACCACCAGCUGAGCCCAGCUCAGGUCAC